AAACACGAGUUCUUUAAGUUUACAAGCUCUUAGGGUAUUUGGUUCAAUGAGGGUUGUGUCUUGUAGGGAUUCAAAAUAAUUUAAGCAUUCAUUUGAAUAGCAGAGACAGAAUGAAAUGAUGUGCAUAGCUUUUAAUACCCUCGGGUCAUUCUCAUAGAAGGUUUUCACUCUGACUUCAUGGCGCCGUGCGUUCAAACACACUGUGGCUUUAGCGCCCAACAGAAUCAGGAUCAUUGAGCUGUAACGCCUGCUCACUGCAGACUCAUCAGCUAUCCAGAAAUGCUGAUGGUACCUGAGACCAAUUGUUUGGCUCAAAGGCCCACAUCGCCAACUACCAGAGAAGGGUUCAGGGCAGCGCACUGUGUUGCUGCCAGUGCCCUCCCCGUUGUAAUUAAAGUAUUUUAUGGAUAUCAACCUGUGAUCCUUAUAACAAACCAUGUCAUUGGCUUGUUAUCGCAUGUUUGAUGCACAACCUUAUUGUCUCAGAUAGAAAACAUGUUGAAUGAUGUAUUCUUUGAUAGAGGUCAGUGUUCCCGUAAGUCACCACCCAAGAUUUAAGGUUGAUGAUCUUUUAAUGAAUAUAUAUAUCACAAGUCUGUACACUCUCGGUUCCCCUCAGGGUAGGAUGAGGUUCAUGCAGAAAUACAUUGUCAUCCGCCAGGUUUGCAGAUAAAGGUCAUUCUGUGACCUUUUCUUUUUUGUGUACGUCUGUGCCAAGGGGAGUUACACGAAAGAGAUCUUCACUCCUGUAAUUAGUGUUUGUGUGUUUAUUUACAGGAUAGUGGGCAUGAGUUCACAUUGGCACAACAGCAGCGCUGCAUCCAAAAAAAGAGAGAAGGUUGUUCAGCGCUGCCGCCUCGCUGCUGUGUGUGGGUGAUAACACAAAAGCCCGACCUAUUUGGCAGAGAGAAUAUAUCCAGAUGUAUAGCUACAGUGCAGGAACAUUCACACUCUGCAAGAGUGCAGAGGUCGCAGACUCACUGCCUGCUCUAUAUUUACCAAGGUCACUGUUUCUAAAGAGUUAAUCUAAAGGCUGAAAAAAUGCCCCAAAAAAUCACCAGCCACAAUAAGAUGAGGGUGGAAGAGGAGCCUCAGUUGAACUACAAACAUUUCCACGAGGCAUUUUGGGGGGUUGCGUUAUGCAACCAUACGGAUUAUCCAGUUAAGUGACACGGUUGGCCAGAGGGAGGCGCGGUGCAGCAUCCGUCCUUCAUUUGAAUGAAACAAUUAAUGCAGAAGUUGACUUAACCCCUUAUCCAGCACUUUGGACAGAACAGAGGCACGAGGACCGACAGCAACCAAGCGGAGCGUUUCCCAUGCAUGUUAAAGUAGUCCUGCAGAAGCCGACGCACGUCUUCUAACUUCCCCGCUGAGCUCACGCGUACCUUCCAGAGAGGAGACGAACACCAGCGUGCUGCACAUCGCGUGACUUGUAGGACACGCAGCGCCGUGGGUUUCAAGUCGUAGUGAGCUCAGGCUGGCCGGCUGCUGCACGGGCACCAUGGAGCAGAAAUCACCGAAGGAUUACGGCAACGCCAGAGGACCGGAAUCUCUGUCCUACCAGCGGAGGAUGUGGAGGAAUUUCCAGGAGAAAACCAAACCUUGGCUGAGUCCUAAACUGGGAUCGGAGCGCCGUGGUGCCGGGGGCGCGGAGGGCAGCAAAAAGGAAUCCGGGUUGUGGAUGUUUAAGAGGAAAAAGAAACAUUUGGACCGGGUGUUUUCCUCGUCUCAGCCGAACCUUAGCUCCUCUCCGCCGGAUUCUUUUGAAGGAGAUAACCCGUCCCGUGGGAGCGAAGCGGUCCCCGGCACCAGCAGCGACGGACAGCCCCUGCAUCCCCUGGGCGCAGCUUCCGGAGCCACGGGAAGCAAACCCGAGCUGGCGACGGCACACGGGAGCCCGAAACUCCCCGUGUCCCAGCUGAUGCUCGUGUACCAGCAGAAGAGCUCUUCUCUCGGCUCGGCGUGCUUUGAGAAACUGGUGGUGGACACGGCCGCGCUGGUGGGAGAGGAGGAGCAGCUGCGUAAAAACGCGAGCGAUUCUGGCGUCAACAUAGUGGGACCCAGUAAUGCAGAGCCCCCACAUCAACCUCCAGGUGCAGCCAUGUACCAGCUGGACAUCAUCCUGAAGAAAGGGAGCAACCUGGCCAUUCGAGAUCGAACAGGCACCAGUGACCCAUAUGUGAAGUUUAAGAUUGCAGGGAAGGAGGUGUUCAGGAGUAAGACCAUUCAUAAGAACCUGAACCCGGUGUGGGAUGAUAGAGUAAGCCUUCUGGUGGAAAGCCUGAAGGACCCGCUAUACGUCAAGGUGUUUGACUAUGACUUUGGACUUCAGGAUGAUUUCAUGGGUUCAGCAUACCUCCAUCUGGAGUCACUCGAACAUCAGAGGACACUGGAUGUCACGCUGGACCUGAAGGACCCACAGUGUCCUGAAGACAACCUCGGCAGCCUGGACCUGGCGGUCACUCUGUCACCGAAGGAGGGAGACACGAGGGAUGCCACCAUGCUUUUGAGAAGGAACUGGAAACGAUCUUGUAAGUAUCAAAGUAUGCGCCUGUCAGAUGUGCACAGAAAAGCACAGCUGUGGCGAGGUAUAGUCAGCAUCAGUUUGAUAGAAGGUCGCAGCCUCCAGCCCAUGGAUGCCAACGGCCUCAGUGACCCGUACGUCAAAUUCAGGAUGGGCCACCAGAAGUACAAGAGCAAGACAAUUCCCAAAACACUGAACCCCCAGUGGAGGGAGCAGUUUGACUUCCACCUGUACGAGGAACAAGGCGGCUUCGUGGACAUUACGGUCUGGGACAAAGAUGCUGGCAAGAAGGAUGACUUCAUGGGAAGGUGUACCGUCAACUUGUCGCAUCUCACUAAAGAGCACACACACAAGCUGGACCUGCCGCUGGAGGAAGGUGAAGGUCUGCUGGUGCUGCUGGUUACGCUCACGGCUUCUGCCGCCGUUUCAAUCUCAGACCUGUCAAUCAACAUGCUGGACGACCCGCACGAAAGACACCAGAUCAUGCAGAGAUACAGUGUGUGGAGGUCAUUCAACAACCUGAAAGACGUUGGCGUGGUGCAGGUGAAGGUCAUCAGGGCCGAAGGACUGAUGGCAGCGGAUGUCACAGGUAAGAGUGACCCGUUCUGUGUAGUGGAGCUGAGUAACGAUCGGCUGCAGACGCACACGGUCUACAAAAACCUCAACCCGGAAUGGAACAAAGUCUUCACUUUUAACGUGAAGGACAUCCACUCGGUACUUGAGGUCAGUGUUUACGACGAGGACCGAGACAGAAGUGCAGACUUCCUGGGGAAAGUGGCUAUUCCUCUACUAAAUAUCCAAAAUGGAGAACGCAAAGCCUACGCCUUGAAAAGCAAGGAGCUGACAGGGCCAACAAAAGGGGUCAUCUUUCUCGAAAUAGACGUGAUUUUUAAUGCUGUGAAGGCUGGUCUCACGACGUUGAUUCCCAUUGAGCAGAAGUAUAUCGAGGAGGAACCCAGAGUGUCCAAACAGCUGCUGCUGCGCAAUUUCAACAGAGUGAGACGCUGCAUCAUGUUCCUGAUCAACACAGGCUGCUACAUCAACAGCUGCUUUGAAUGGGAUUCUCCACAGAGGAGCAUCUGUGCUUUAGUACUUUUCGUCAUCGUUGUUUGGAACUUUGAACUCUAUAUGAUUCCUCUGGCUUUGCUUCUGCCUUUGGCCUGGAACUACAUCCUCAUUGCAUCGGGGAAGGAUACCAGGCAAGAUGUGCAAGCGAUGGAGGACAUGCUGGAGGACGAGGAUGAGGAUUUUGACAGAGAUGACAAGGACCCUAAACCAGGCCCCUGGGAGGACAGCCGUGAUAAAAACUAUAUCCUCGAGGAUAUGUUGGCUUCCUGGCACUUUGAGUGGAUACGAGCAAUGGUGGACUCCGAGAGAAAGGGCUUCAUGAACAAGCUUUAUGCCAUUCAGGACGUGUGCAUCAGUGUGCAGAAUGCGCUGGAUGAAGUGGCCUCCUAUGGCGAGAGGAUAAAGAACACAUUUAACUGGACUGUGCCUUUCUUAAGCUGGUUGGCUAUUGUGGCUUUCGGCGCAGCUACCACCAUCAUCUACUUCAUCCCUCUACGAUACAUUGUGCUAGCAUGGGGGGUGAAUAAAUUCACCAAGAAGCUGCGAGACCCUUACACUAUUGAUAACAACGAGCUGCUGGACUUUCUGUCUAGGGUGCCGUCAGAUGUUCAAGUGGUGCAGUACCGAGAGCUGAAACUGGAUCCCAAUCCCAGUCCAAAUAAAAGGAAGAAAAACAACCCGGGGUAAAAUGACUGUGUCCACCAACCCUUCUUCUUCACUUUCCUUCUUGUGGUCUAUUACUGGACUCUGAGGAGCAGAGGAAGACUGCUCCGCACCAGUUCAGCUCAGCUAGCCUUCCUUUUUUUCUUUCCAAUUUUCUUUUCUGUCUUAAAUUGCUGAUGACGUACAGUAAAGUUUCCUGAAGUGUAAUUUUUGUAUUUAAAAAAAAGUGAUAGUGCAAGAAAUAUCCCCAUUAAGCUUUUGAUUGAUUUUUCAAGGCGUAGGUUUGGAUGGAAUGACCUGUGCGCCAAUCUCCUUUUUUCUCUCUUUCACUCUGACAGCUCGGACGACUUCGUCCAUCUGCUUGCCAAAAGUGUCACACAAUGAGUAAAACGAGUUUUAACAUUUAUACUUACCCGCCCAAAAAUUGCAUCUAUUUUAUCAGAACUCAAGCCUUAUACCAACAUUUUUGCAUUAUCACUGCAUUGGACUUUUUAAUAUUUUUUAGAGUAUAUUGUACUCAUCAAAUGGUUUUGGUAAUAAGUUCAUACUUUAAUUGUUUUUGUACUGAAGUAUCUUUUGUGUUAUUCCUCUUGGAUGUGGUAAUACUGUUGUGUUCAUAGGAAGUGAUUUGUAUUGUUUCUACUUAACUCAGUCAGCCAAGUUGAUUAGCAAUUAUGGUAGUAGCCCCCAGAUACGUCCUUCUACCCAAACACAAACCUGCACCAACAGACUGGAGGCUUGUGGUCAUAUCCGUCACUGCUUUGAUAGAAUGGCCCAUGACCCCUAAACAGAAAAAUCAAUCCACAGUAGAUGCUGUCACAAACUAGUAAGUAACGCUCUAAAAAUAGAAAUAGAUUGGGAUUACAUAAUCACAAUUUAAAAAUGGUCAUUUUUAAGUAUAGACAGUUGGUAUUUUUACCGUGCACAUGUAUCAGUACCAAAUAUCCACACAACAUAGCGACAAUUUAGCGUUCAUAACCCUGUAAAAACGUGUCAAAGUCCCCUGUUGGUCGAUCAGUGCGUGUCUGCGUGUCACAUGACGCAGCAGAAUGGGCCUUCUGCUGUCGGGGUGUUAGCAUAGAUGUCACCCGUCCACGCGGAGUGUCGCCAGGCGUUUAGGCAGACGCAUUCCCUAAUCUUGUUUGAAAGGCCAGUCUCCUUUCCUCUCAUCUCCAUGUGUGUUUGCCUCGGAAAGAAUUACUACACACACACACACACACUAUCACAGGCAUGCAUGCAGACAGAAUAACUCUGCUUCUUUCAGAGAUCUCGCUUACACACACUGUACCUACUUGCUCGCGGAUGAAAGCAUAACAUCCCAUUUGAGCAGGAACAUUCUCUCCCUCUCAGGCGCACACACAAACACAAACACACACACACAAACACGCUCUCUGUGCUGUUGUGCCCCAGGCUGGCCGCCCUCUCCAUCUGCCCCACCUCCUGUGCCCACAGCACAACUUUGAUCCCUCGUUCCAGAGACAGCGGCUUGUGUGUGUGUGUGAGCCGUGUAUGUAAGGCUGUUUGCGUACACACGUUUACGGAAUCAAAGACACGCUGCUGUUCGCACCGUCAGUGUGUGUAACAAUUGUAAAUCCCCUCCAGCUGUAGACUGAUGCGUGGAUUCAGUCGUGUGUGUGUGUGUGUGUGUCAGCCUGUAAAGGCAUGUGUGUGGCGUGGUGCAGCGGCAGUGCCAGCUGUUAUCUGGUGUGGAAUUGGCUGGUGUGGGCGGCCGUCAGCUAAGACGAGCAGCGCCGCGCCGUGUGACAAGACGAGGCUCCGAGGGGACGCCGGCCUGAGAUGUCAGUAUGUGUGUGCGCGUCUCAUGCUUUCGCACAUCCCCUCUCCCAUCCUGUUCCUCCUCGAGCCGGCGCUCUGUGCGGCUCCCUCACUCGUCAGCGAGCCGGGGUUGCGACCCUGUCUAAAGGGACGGUCUCCCGGGCUUCUUUGCUGAGCAUCCGUUGAAAGAUCCCAGCCCGCGCUGCAUUAGAGCGGGGGUCGCCAUCCCCCACGUUCUGCAUCUUUUUGUUCCCGCUCCCCCUUUUGUCUUGUCUGCUUGUCUGUCUCCCCCGUCUUUAGCCCACCCCCCCUUGCCGUCGCCUGUUCCCUCUCCUCCCUUCCCUCGCUCGCUCUUUACCUAUCCAUCUCCAUGCUUAAAUAUCAACAGGCUUGGAUCUGUCAGUCCGGAGAGCCAUUGAUUUUGUUUUGUUGUUUAGAGGAAUCCACUUGAAAGACAAUAACAGACUGUCCCCUAAGAGCAGCGUUGCAGACUGAUUAUAGGCGUCCUCGGCAAACCCACUCUGUGGCUGGUGAAGUAUGGCUCUUUAUGGUGCCUGAAGGGACUGUUUGAAUACCUGAUAUGUACCGUAUGUUGACUACUGUAUGCACUUAUUUUACAGCAAAUUGUGGCUAUUGUGUGGUAUUGCAUUCACUUACCAUUUCAUUUUUUGUCAUUAUUGGAUUUCAGCUUUGUUUGCAAGCAAACCAAAGUGUUUUUAGUUUUGUAUGACAAAUAAAUCAUUUAAAGGAAUGUAUCAGCUGUAACGUGGGGGAAAAGCACUUUUAUUUGCACCAAGCUGAAAUGAAACUAUUUAUUUUUUAAAUAUUUCUGUAAAGAGCUUACUACUUAAUUUAUGUUUGUAUUUUAUACAGUAUGUCUGUUGAUGGUCUGAUAACAAUGUUGUAGUUCUGUGUAUGCCUGCCUCAUUUUCUAAGAUCUGUCUUUUUCUGCCUGCGACGUUGCCUGCCAGUGACAUCAUCUUCAUGUGCCCAGUUCUUGUCCAAUGAAAUUUCAGGAAGGGAAUCUGGGGGGAAAAUUGGUCAGUCGGGGUAUAAGAAGAUUAAUGUAUAUUUCCGGUUUGAGGAGUCAGAUGCAUCUGAUGUAUGUUGAUUAUUUUGAAAAAAAACAAGAAUAAAUAUUUUUUAGCGUC